AUGAUAUUUUGGCUUUUAUUACUAAAUGCUUAAUGCGAACUUUUAGUCCUUCAUUCUAGUCUAUAUGCUAAAACACCUAGUUGUGGAUCAGCAGGUUGUAAUCUAGACGGUUGGACUCAAUAGGCUUCUCCGAAUUAUUAUACAUGCGUAAAUGAGGGAUUUGCAAUGAAUUACUUAGAUUCACUAAAUAAAUAAAUGUAUCGUAGUUUAUCUUAUGGGUAUCCGAAAGUGAAAUUUGUUGUGUGGUUUGAUCUCUUUUAUAUGGGAACCUGGAACAAUGAAGCUAUUUAAGUCAAUUAUAAUAGUGUCUUAUUUGCUACUAUUACAUAUACUAGUCCAACUACAUAUCCCUAUUCAAGUGAAUUUUGUGAUAAUAAAUAAUACGAAGUUAAAUCCAAGAAAGUCUUAAUUACAGGCUAAUCAAGUGGGAAUAUAGUAAUAACAAAUAUGUCUGCCAAUGGUAAAGUGGUCAUAAGGAAUUUGAUAUUUGCAGUUGAGAAAUGUCAUUGGAGUUGUAAAACCUGUUCAAAUUUAAAUAGUUGCUCAUCUUGUUUUACUGGAACAUCACUCAAUGGAUUUGGAUUGUGUACUCAAUGCCCAGACUAUCUAGAUCCUAUUUUAGGUUGUGUUCCAAUAUGCGAUAUCAAUAAAUACCCUAACUCUGAUAAAUAUUGUGCAGAUAUAACAGAACAGGCAAUUCUCAAUGAUUAGUUCAAAAAUGCUUCCCCAAAUGUCUAGUGGAUUAGAUUGUAUGAUCCAGCAGGAUUAACAACCACACUAAAAUGUUCUCAGUAUUUUGGUUUACUAACUGGAAGUGAGGGCAUGGAAAAGAUUAUCCCUCAACCCACUUAAUACAAACAUAAAUUAAGAAUCAAAGUAAUACUGUAUCUUUACAACCCUAUCCCUUUAAAUUAAGGCAUUGUCUUUACUAUAAAUAAUGGUUACAUAGCCUAUUUAUAUAAUUCAAAUAGUGUUAUCACAAUGCAAAAUGGGUAUAUCAUAAAAAAGACAACUUAAUCAUGCACUGGAGUUGGUUCUGGAUAAUAGUACACAUUAAUUAUUAUCUGUCCUAUUCCAACAGGUGAUUUUACCAUGCGAAUCUAAGGAAAUAUGUAAAUAACUACCACAGUUUGGGGAGUUACUUAAGUCUAACUAGUGGCUGGAUAUUGUUAAUAAGAAUGUCUCACUUGCACAUCAGACUUUACAUGUUCUUAAUGCUCACCUGGCUACUAUAUUUAUUAAGGAUUAUGCACAAAUACUAUGCAAAGUGAUAGACUAAGUUUGAACGUUACUCAUGUUAUUACUUAUGAAACAGAAUACCCUUAUUCCACUUAUUUAGUAUCUGAUUUUAGCAAUUAUAAUAUUAAACAAGAUCCUGAAACAUAUUUCACAUUGAUAUCACAAAACUAUUAAAAUUUUCUCACAGAUUUUCAAACCUUUGGCUUAUAUACUAAAAAAAUCUUUGGAGGACCUUAUGUUUGGACAAAUGCUAAAUUUAACAACGUUUAUUCAAUUGCUAAUGCUCACUAUGCCAUAUCAAUAAGGAUGAAGAUAAUUCUAGGAGAUUAAUUUAGUCAAUAAUUUAUAAUUGAAUUUGAUACAAAUGGUUAAGAAAUAAUUACAACAGGACCAUCAUCAAUUAAUAUAUUUGGAAGAAGUCCAACUGAAUAUUCUAUUGAUAAAUAUUGGCACAUUUCUCAUUCUCUGAGUACUUUAACUACCACAGUUGAAUGCUAAGGUAAUGGAGAUUUAUUACAUCAUUAUUGUGGUAUUUCAGAUUACUAUGUUGUUGUACAUUAAUGCUUUCCCUUUUGUUUGGCCUGCACAGAUUCGACAGAAAUAGGAUGCACUUCGUGGGAUGCUAGUUAUUAUACAGCGAAAUUCAGUUAGGUAGAUUGUUUGUCAAAUUAAUACUAUCAAAAUUACAAUUGCAAUCCAUGUAAUACUUUAUGUAGCAGUUGCAGAAAUUAGUACCUUUGUGAUACCUGUAUUAAUAACUUAGUUUUAAUAUCUGACUAAUGUACAUGUUCAUAAGGUUAUUAUUUGGAUUCUGGAGAUCAAUAAUGUCAUCAAUGUGAUCCAUUAUGUUAGCAUUGUUUACAAUAUAAUUUUUGUAUGGUUUGUUUAUAAAUCAACAAGAGAAUCUCAAAUAAUGGAGUAUGUGAUUGUGAAGAGUCCUUUUAUGCUUAAGCUGGAAGUGAUGUUUGCAUCAAGUGUGAUAAUAGUUGUUUAACUUGUAAUGGGCCUCUAAGCACUGAUUGUACAAAUUGUAACACUUUAAAAAACUAUGAUUUGAAGAGUAAUGGUAAAUGCCUUUGUAAAAGUCAUUAUUAUCUAACUUAUGGGAACUGUUUAGAGUGUCAUUUAUCUUGUAAGGAAUGCUUUGGACCCAAUAACAACAAUUGCUUAGAGUGUGACUCAACUAGAUCUUUAUAUUAAUUAUAAUGCAAGUGCAAUCUUGGAUAUUUCGACAGUGGAAUUUCUACAUAUUGCAAUAGCUGUCCUGCCAUUGAAACUCCAUCAUUACUUGAUUGCUAUUUUGAUUGCAAUGGUUCAAUUUAAUGGUUUAAUGUAAAUUGCGCUUACACUCCUGUAUGUUCAACUGGUCAAUCUAUAAUUAAUUAUAAAUGUUAAUCUGUAUGUGGUGAUAAUAUCAUAAUGAGUGAUGAAUAAUGUGAAGAUUUAAAUAGUGUUAUGAAUGAUGGAUGUUAUAAUUGUUAAUAUCAAUGUCCUUUGAGUUGUCCUAGUUGUAAUAGUGGCAGUUGUACAAAUGUAUGUGGAGAUGGUUAUGUAACAGGCACAGAGUAAUGUGAUGAUGCAAUAAAAUCAAUUGGAUGCAGUGGUUGUACAUUUCAGUGCCAAUCUCAAUGUUCAGACUGUUAAAAGGGAGAGUGUUUUAAAUGUAAUGUAAGUGGAUACAUUUUGGAUAUCAUCAAUAAUAAAUGUAUAGAACAUUGUGGAGAUGGAGUAAUAUUAGGUACUGAAGAAUGUGAAGAUUCUAAUUCUAAUCCAAAUGAUGGAUGCGACAAUUGCAAAUUCAAAUGUAGAUCAGAUUGUUUGGAAUGUUCAGCCAAUGGGAAAGUCUGUAAUACCUGUUGGAAUUCUGGUUAUAAAACAGUAGCUGGAUCUUACAAAUGUGUUCCAAUUUGUGGUGAUGGUCUAAAAAUAUCUAAUUCAUUCGAUACUGAAUAAUGUGAUGAUGGCAAUCUAAUUGCAAAUGACGGCUGUAGUUCUACUUGUUAAUGGCAGUGUCAACCUUCUCCAAUCUGCACAACUUGUUCAAGUAAUUUAUGCACUCUCUGUGGAUCUGGUUAUACAUUGAUUUCAACUAAGAAUUAAUGUGUUCCCACAUGUGGUGAUGGCAUAGUGAAAUCUGGUGAAAUAUGUGAUGAUGCUAAUAAUAGUUACUUUGAUGGAUGUCAUAAAUGUCAAUUAAUGUGUUAAUCACAAUGUGUUACUUGUACUGCUAAUGGUUGUACUUAAUGUGAAACUGGAUAUACCUUAAAUCUAUUUAAUAAUAAAUGCACAUCAGUUUGUGGAGAUGGUUAUGUAAAUGGUAAUGAAGAAUGUGAUGAUUUGAUCCAUUAAAAUUGCAAUAAAUGUAGAUAUCUGUGUGAUUACGGAUGUAUUAGUUGUAUGUAUGGAAUAUGUUACAGAUGUUCAUUGAAUUACAACUUGAAUCCAUAUACUCAAUAAUGUGAAAGCAUAACUGUUGUUAGGUCUUAAUAAUUAUAUCAAUAAUAUUUAAUAGAGAAUCUCAAUGCAAAUUCACUUAUUAGAUAUUGCAAAUUUCAAAUUCAUACUGAUUGUCUAGAGUGCGAAUUAGAUUUUAAGUGGAAUCCAUUUAAUUAAGAAUGCUAACUCAUUCAUUUUCAUUGUGAAUUACAUUGUCUUUAUUGCAAUUCAGACUCUUGUAUAGUUUGUCAAAAUAAUUAUAUUUUGAUUAACUCCAUAUGCAUUGAGGAUUAGUAAUUUAUUAAUAAUGUUCCAAUUUGUAAAUAGAGCUGUAAACAUUGUCUAAAUGAUAUCUGUCUUUAAUGUAGUAAAGGAUAUUAUCCAGUACUUGAUACAUGUGAACCUUUAUGUGGAGAUCAGAUAAAGACUUUGGAUGAAGAAUGUGAUGAUAACAAUAAUAUAUAUGAUGAUGGAUGUUUUAAUUGUUAAUUUUAUUGCUUUGGAAGUUGUUUAAAUUGCUAAUUUGGUCAAUGCUUUGAAUGUGAAGCUCCCGAAAAGCUGAUCAUAUCAAAAAUGCAAUGUUAUGAUCCGGAAAAGUGUGAGAAAGGAUACUAUGCAAGUGAUUAUGAUAAUCUUUGUUAUAGUAAAUGUGGAGAUUACAUCAAAACUGAAGAUGAAGAGUGUGAUUCUCGAAUUCUAUGUGAGAAUUGUACCUUAGUUUGUUCAUCUAAUUGUAAAUAUUGUGUUGAUAGAGUAUGUUACACUUGUGAAGAUGAAUACACAUUAAAUGAACAUAAUUAAUGCCAAUUAACACAAUACUCUCAAUAAAUUCAAAACUUACAAGUUUUUGAAGUUAAUAAUACCUUAUGUUUUUAUGAAUACUGUUAUUAUUAGUCUCAACCUAUUAUGUAAUUAUAUUUAUAAAUCUCUCCUUUGAUCAAGAAAUCAAAAUUGCUUGCAAAAAUAUACAUGAAAUAAUUAAAAUCCAGUUAAUUGAUGAUGACAAUAGUCUUAUUAAUUCAAAACUUGAUUAUUCACAUUAUAUAUCUAUAAACUGUUUAUAAUCCAACAAUUCAAUUAAAAAUAAAUGAUCGAAAUUGCAUCAAGAAUCAAUUUAAUCAAACCUUAUAAGAUACUAUUAUUUAAUUAAGAACUCAAUCAAUUAUUUUACUCUCUGAAUCGGAAUAAUUAGCAACAGAUAUUCUCUAAAAUAUUGCAAAUACUAUUCAAUAUAUUAUUAUUAUCAGUCUACCUGCUUUAUUAUUAAUGGGAUAAAUUUAUAAUUUCUUAAAUUUUGUUGAUCUCUUGUAAUUCAUCCAAUAUUAGUAAUAUCUCAACAUCACUUAAGCUCCAAAUAUGCAAGAAUUUCUUUAAGUAUUCAAAAAUACAUCAUUUAAUAACAUACUAUCAUCAUUUUCACUUUAUAAUCCAUUUUUCAUUCCAACUUAAUUUGAAAGAAAUGGUAGUUUUAUAACUACAUCAGUGCCAAUAACUUAGGUUUAUGCCUUCACUGUGAUGACUCAUUAUGGUUUAAAAUCUUUGUCCAAAAUAAUGAGAUAAUCAACAUUGGAUCUAAGAACAUAAAAUAAGUUACUAUUAAAAUUUCAUAUAUUUGGUAAUAAGUUUAUUCAUAAUUUGAAUAAAAACAAUUUAUCUGGGAAAAUAUAAAAUUUAACUGUGUUUUGUGGAUUAGAGAUUUGCAUGAAUGCCAUAAUUUGUUCAUCUUUGGGAAUUUCAAAUAUAACAUAAAUAGUUGAAUUCUCAAUUAGUAACAUAAGUUCAAUUACAUACUUUUUAUAUAUCUUAAAUACAGUGAAAAUGCCUACUUUAAUAACUCUAAGAAGCAAGGAUAACAAACUAAAUCCAAUUUAUAAAUCUCCAGAGAAAUACAGAAUUGAUUCUCAUUUAUAUGUAUAAUGUCUAAAAAAAUUACUUUAUCCAUUAUGUUUAGUUUACUGUCACACCAAUUCCACCUUGACUUCUGUGGGCUUGUUUAUAAUAGAUUUUGGGUAUGGAUUAUAUGUUUACCAGGUUAAACCAUUUAGAAAUAAAUUAGAAAAUGGGAAAAUACUCUUUACUCAACUUUUGCAAUAUCUUUCACAGCAUAAAUUUGUUCGAAAAUCCAAAAAUUUUAGGAUUUAUUUAGAUGGGAUUAAUCGCAGAAUCAUUAACACACUCAUUUUUCAAUGA